AUGGUUGUUUUACCCCCAUCCGGGGGUUACUGGCUAGAUGGUGAUGCCGAAAUUAAUUCUUCUCCUUCUCCUUCUUCUUCAUCUUGGCCUCCUCCCAGUGCCUCCGAAAGAACUCAAAACGCUUUUGUACGAACCCAUCAUUUGGAAACCGAUGACGUUGCCAAAUCCUACAGGAAAUUUUUUUUAGAUAAAGAGCAUUUUAAUUUUUUGGGUCACGACGAAGUUCUCGGUCCAGCUUUAAUGUCCAUGAAAACAGAAUCCGUGGGUGACGUAGAACACACUCGGAUUCUUCUUCGACUGAAAACUGGAACAUUUCACGAAUUGUUACCUUCCUCUUGCCUUCCACGACCCUCUCCUCAGGCUUGGGGAAAAUUAAUAAACGAAAAUUUAAAUGUACCUAAUUGGCAACCCAUUUACUGCCCUCAAGGAUCCAAACUCGUGACGGCUUACGACGAACACGUUCUCGUUUCAAAUUAUAAAUUUGGAAUACUUUAUCAAAAAAAAAAGCAAAUCAGCGAGGAGGAACUUUUUGGUAAUAGAAUUUCAUCUUCGACAUUUGAUGAAUUUUUAGAAAUACUUGGUAAUAGAAUAAGACUGAGAGACCACAAGGGGUACCGAGGAGGUCUCGACACACAAUUUGGUCAAACCGGAGACGAAACCGUUUACGAAGUUUUUCAACAAAAGGAAAUUAUGUUUCACGUAUCCACUCUUCUUCCAUUUACGGAAGGAGAUCCCCAACAAUUGCAAAGAAAAAGACACAUAGGUAAUGAUAUCGUUGCAAUUGUUUUCCAAGAAGAAAACACACCUUUUUGUCCCGACAUGAUUGCAUCGCAUUUUCUUCAUGUGUUCAUUAUUGUGCAGCCUUUAAAUAAUGGACAAGAGUACAAAGUAUGCGUGACGGCUCGUGACGACGUUCCAGAUUUUGGACCGGCUUUACCUAGUCCUUCAAUUUUCAAAAAAGGACCCGAAUUUAAAAAUUUUUUACUUGCUAAAUUAAUAAAUGCCGAAACGGCUGCAUAUAAAUCGGAAAAGUUUUCGAAAUUGGAGUUGAGAACACGAUCAUCGCUCUUGCAAUCUUUGGCCGAUGAACUUCGAAAUAAAUCUCGGGAAUUUUUAGGGGGAGAAAAUAGUACGAAUUUAGAUACAAAUAAAAUGGACAACGGAAAUGGCGGAAGUAGCAGAUUUAUUGACACGGUUAAAAAAGCACUAACAACGAGAGUGAGAUCACAUUCGGAAAAUAAUUUACAAAAUCAAAUCCCAACGGUUACCUCGAAAAAACCUCCUGCAAUACCGGAAACAACAACAUUUACAACAAGUGGUAAAUCUGUCGGAUUAGGUAGAAUAAAAAAAAGUGCACCGGGUUCUCCAGUUUCGAGUCCAGAUCUCAAUCCGAGACAAAAUCCUUCCGAAAGUGACGAUUCUUCACUCAACAGUAUUGAUCUCCAUUACGCGGACAGCGACACAGGUUUGGAAAGUAUGAGUUCGGCAGAAACAACGUUGAAAUUUUGCGUAGGUUGUUCCGAGGGCGAAUUGCUCAGGCAAGAAGUUACUAAAUUAAAAUGCGACAAAUUGGAUUUAUUGCGACAAAAUGUUGCGUGUCAAAGAGAUUUGAAAACGUUAAGAGAAAAAGAAUUGCAACUUCAAUUGGAUUUGUCGAGUGCUUCCAAAGAAAUAUUAAGAUUACGAGAAUUGUUGAAAGACUACAGCGCGGAAAGUGGAGGAGGAGGUCCUAAAUAA